UCCAAAGCCGAUGCCAUUCAAGAGUCCAUCGGCAUCACCAACGUCACCAUUGACGGACUUAGAGGUAACCUCAAAACCUAUGAGUCCACCAUUCUAUUCCCUUCUUUAGGUGAACAAAAGAAGAAGGGGAUUGCACUCAAGGCUACCUCAAGCCAAGAACCCGCCAUGGAGGAAUCAAGCGAUGAGGACAACGAGUUCGGGCUCGUCAUCAAAAAGUUCCACAAGUUCAUGCGAAAAGAGUAUGAACGAAAGGGCAAAAAGCAUGGAGGACCACCCAAGUGCUAUGGGUGUGGAGAAGUUGGGCACAUCAAGUCAAAAUGCCCAAAUGCCAAAAACAAGAUGGAAAAGAAACCGUUCAAGAAGCACCGAGCUUACAUUUCAUGGGGAGGUGAUUCCGGCGAUGAGUCAUCGGUAGGCGAAGAGAAUAAAAGCGCCAACCUUUGCCUCAUGGCACACGAGGAACCAUCGGAAGAG